AAUUUUCACGGUAUGACGAAGAAUAUGAGUUCAUGGUUAAAAAUCGAAUAAAAGUGAACGAUUAUUUUUCUUCACCGUAUAGUGUUAUUAGCAAACAUAAAUUUAUAUUUGUAAGAUAAAAGGUACUUGACCUGGACAUGGAGUACUUCAAUAAAAAAAGUAUUUUAUUAUGAUUGCAACUAACACAGCUGUGUAUGAUAGGUUAGACAAAUGAAAAUACGAUUUUAUGAAAUAAAAUAAAAUCUUUACGUAAAAAGAUCACAUCGUUCGGAAAAGCUGAAUAUUCCUUAUGUCCAUGAUUCAAUACUGAUGCAAUGAUGAUGGACCAAGAAGAACAUUUAAUAGAAAGGAAUCAACCAAAGUGUUUUACACGUUCAGCAGCACGGCAUCUUCGUCGUAAGCGUUUGCAUGACUUUCGUAGAGCUGAAAAGCAACAAGAAAAUUUAACCAAUAACGUAAACACUGAAUCCAAUCAAAAAUCUGCCACUGAAAAAGACAGAGAUCAACCAGAAGUUAUAACAAAGUCAAAAGCUCGGAGAUUAAGGAAAAGAAAUAAAGCAACACAGCUUCAGAAUUGUUGUUCGUACUGUGAAUCAUAUUGUAAAGAUUCGUCACUUGUCAUUGAGCCAAUCAAUAAUCAAGAAGUUAUUACUGAUAACGACACAACAGAUACAAAACUAGUGACAAAAUCUAAAGCGCGACGAUUACGAAAGAAAAAUAAAACAAAGUCUGUUCAGAACAUCUGUUCUUUUUGUUAUGAUACUUACUUUUCUAUCAUUGAUCCAAUUUUGAUGAAAUACAUCAACCGAGAAGAAAACAAUCUAAGCUGUUGUACUGAAUUUGAAACAAGUGUUGUUAAUGUGGAGUCGGAGAUGAUCCGGGUAGCAGCAGACGGAGUAUCAAAAAAGAGCACGCACAAAGACGUUGAGCAAAAUAACUCUACGGUUACAGCAACUAAGAUGCCUGACAGUAAAGUAAACAUCCCAGAAAAGUCAAGAGAAGAAAUUAAAGCUGAACGUGAAGCCAAGAAAGCUGCUAAAGCACUUGCUAAAGCAAAAGCUAAAUCUUCGAAGGUAGAAGAUAAGGAUGCUUCCAAAGAUAAAACUGUGCCUACUGAAACUAAGAAAAAUAAGGAAAACAGUGAAACGCCGGAGAAUAUUCAAGUUUCCAAUAAAAUACCUGUAGUUAAUAAGACUAUUAAUACGUGUAUAAAAGUUGCACCCGUACAAAGUAAUACUGAAGGUAAAGCAGAAAAAAGUAAAGCAGAAUUGCGGGCUGAAAGAAGAGCGAAACAAGAAGCACAAAGAGCAGCUAAGCAGCAGCAACUGCAAGAAAAAAGUAGAGUUAAAAAGAAAGAAGAAGAUAAUGAUAAAUGUAUUAAGCAAAUUACUGAUGAAACAAGUAUUGAUAAGAAAAUUGUGACGCCUAAAAAAGUUGCUCAAAAAGAUAAUUCUCAUCAGAUAAAUCUCUUUAAACAUUUGUAUCAUGAAAGAGAGCAAGCUGUUGUAAAUGUACAUUUUGUCAAUUCAAGUAUACAUCCUGCAAUAGUGAGAUUAGGUACACAGUACGCGAGCAAAAUAAUCGUUGGCAGUAACGCAAGGUGUGUUGCACUUUUGGCUACUGUCAAGCAACUUAUUCAGGACUUUGAACGACCAUCACAAGCCGAUUUCAUUAGAGGUUUGGAAGCGAGUUUACAAGAAUCCGUAGCGUACUUGCAUCAUUGUAGACCAUUAGCUGUUUCUAUGCAAAACGCAUUGAGACACUUAAAGUGGCAAAUGACACAAUUACAUCCUGCGUUGUCUGAUGCAGAUGCAAAAAAUAAGUUAAUCAGCGCAAUAGAUACUUACAUCCUUGAACAAAUACAACUUGCUGAUAAGGCAAUAUCAAUAACGAUUCAAACGAAAAUAUCUAAUGGAGAUGUUAUUCUUACUUAUGGCUAUUCAUCACUGAUUCAUAAAAUACUAUCAGAUGCGCAUACUGCUGGAAAACAAUUUCGUGUUAUUGUUGUGGAUGGAAGACCAUGGCUUGAAGGAAAAGAACAACUUAGACGUUUAGCAAAAAAUGGAAUUGAAUGCUCAUAUAUUUUAAUUAAUGCUUUAAGUUAUGUAAUGCCGGAAGUGUCUAAAGUUUUUCUUGGUGCUCACGCAAUAUUAGCUAAUGGUGCAGUUAUGUCUAGAGUUGGUACCGCUCAAGUUGCUUUAAUGGCAAGAGCUUUCAAUAUUCCUGUAUUAGUAGCAUGCGAAACUCACAAAUCUUGUGAACGUGUACAAACAGAUUCUAUAGUCUACAAUGAAUUAGGUAAUGCAGAUGAACUCGCACAAGUUUAUGGGAACGGGACAAAGAAAUCAUUACUUGCAAACUGGAAGAUUAGAAAGUCAUUGAAUCUGUUAAAUAUAACAUAUGAUGUUACACCGGCUGAUUUGGUAACAGCCGUCGUUACAGAAUUGGCUAUUUUACCAUGUACUAGUGUUCCUGUGAUUUUAAGAAUUAAACCAUCUGAAAUCUGAAUGA